AUGGCCACGAUUAUUGAUGGAGUCGCGAUUGCAGCUGAAGUAAUUGGUGAUCUGAAAAAACAGUUAGAAUCAAUUCGAGAAGCUCAUCCUGAUUUUACUCCAGGCUUAGCAAUUGUACAGGUUGGUGACAGAAGUGAUUCGAACGUCUACAUCAAAAAUAAAUUGAAAAAAGCACGAGAAUUGGGAAUAAGCGCCAAACUGGUCAAACUUGAAAAUAAUAUAACGAAAUUGGAACUGGAAUCUGUCAUUGCAGAAUUGAAUAACGAUGACUCUAUUGAUGGCAUUAUUAUUCAGCUUCCACUGGACUGUAAAAACCAAAUUGACGUAGACGCAGUAAUUGACCAAAUUGACCAAACGAAAGAUGUUGAUGGAUUGACAAGAGAAAACGCUGGUCGUUUGGCUAGAGGAGAACUAGACUGUGCUGUCAUACCCUGUACUCCUAAAGGAUGUUUAUACUUGAUUCAGAAAGCUACAGGUGAUAAUGAUUACGUGAAAGGAAAACGUGUGGUAGUAAUUGGACGCUCAAAGAUUGUGGGUUCUCCUGCAGCUUCCUUGUUCACUUGGCAUCAUGGUACCGUGACGGUAUGUCAUACAAAAACCACGAAUCUUCCAGAACUUUGUCGUGAGGCUGACAUUUUACUUGUAGCUGCUGGCAAGGCUCAUUUUGUCAAAAGUGACUGGAUAAAGCAUGGUGCAAUAGUUAUCGACUGUGGCAUCAGUGUUACGGAAAAAGAUGGAAAAAAAAAACUUUUAGGAGAUGUUGAUUUUGAGGAGGCUAAAAAUGUUGCCGGAUAUAUAACUCCUGUACCGGGUGGUGUCGGACCUAUGACUGUUGCUAUGCUUGUAAAGAACACUUUUGAGCAAGCAGUUAAAAGACGACUAAAGACAGAUACAGCGCUAAUCUGGAAUAUACAUUACCUGCCUUUACUCCCCGAAGAUCCUGUGCCAUCUGAUAUCGCUAUUUCUCGUAAACAGCGAGCUAAACCUAUCUCAAUGCUGGCUAAAGAAAUUGGGAUCCUUCCAUCAGAGCUUGAUUUAUAUGGUGAAAAAAAGGCCAAAGUUAGUUUAGAUAUACUGGAAAGACUUAAAAACGUUCCAAGCGGGAAAUAUGUUGUUGUAACAGGGGUUACACCUACUCCCUAUGGUGAAGGGAAAAGCACUACGGUUCUAGGUUUGGUACAAUCGCUAUGUGCUCAUCUUCAAAGAAAUACUUUUGCUUGCGUGAGGCAACCAUCUCAGGGUCCUACUUUUGGCAUAAAAGGUGGAGCUGCUGGUGGAGGUUAUUCUCAGGUAAUUCCAAUGGAAGAGUGUAAUUUGCACCUAACAGGCGAUAUUCAUGCUGUCACUGCAGCUAACAAUCUUUUAGCUGCAGCUAUUGAUACCCGAAUUUUCCAUGAAGCAACUCAGAAAGACGAUGCGCUUUUCAGUCGUUUAGUCCCUCCUCCAAAAAAAGGACUUCCGUUCUUAACGGAGAUUCAACGCCGUAGGUUGGCUAGGUUGGGUAUUCCAGAACCUGAAACAGUAGAAGCGUUAAGUGAAGAGGACCGACGGCGCUUUGCGCGCCUGAACAUUGACCCUGAAACUAUUACUUGGCAUCGUGUUCUCGACACUAAUGACCGUUUCUUGCGUAAAAUUGAGGUUGGGCGUGCAGAAACCGAAAAAGGUAAAGUUAGAGAAACUGGAUUUGACCUGACUGCUGCUAGUGAGCUGAUGGCGAUACUGGCUCUUACAACAAGUCUGUCUGACAUGCACGAACGUAUCGGAAGAAUUGUUGUAGCGAGCGAUUAUGAGGGUAAGCCAAUAACAGCCGACGACAUUGGAGUAACCGGAGCACUGACUGUCCUAAUGAAAGAUGCUAUCCGCCCAAAUCUCAUGCAGAGUUUUGAAGGGACGCCAGUUUUCGUACAUGCAGGUCCUUUUGCAAAUAUUGCGCAUGGUCAAAGUUCGUGUCUAGCAGACCUAAUAGCAUUAAAACUUGUCGGGAAGGAUGGCUACGUUAUCACUGAGGCGGGCUUCGGAGCAGAUAUUGGCCUUGAAAAAUUCUUUGAUAUUAAAUGUCGCAGCUCUGGUCUGAUGCCAAAUGCCAUUGUUUUGGUUGCCACAGUUCGAGCUUUGAGAAUGCAUGGCGGUGAGCCGGAGCGUCGUCAACCGAACACAAAAGACGAUCCUGCUAAACGACUUGCGUAUCUAGAAGCCGGCUGUGAUAGUAACCUUCGAAAACAAAUUGAAAAUGCUGGUAAAUUUGGCGUACCAGUGGUAGUAUGCGUGAACCAAUUUAGUACAGAUACAGAGGAGGAAAUGGCAAUGGUUUUGGCAAAAUCAAUGAAAUACGGAGCGACUAAAGCAGUUGGAUCUGACCACUGGAAAUAUGGAGGACGUGGUGCUCUAGAUUUGGCCAAAGCAGUCAUUGAUGCUUGCAAUAUGCCAUGCAAAGCAAGGUAUCUUUACGAUUUGGACCAACCACUAGAAGAUAAAAUUUCAAUAAUCGCCAAAGAAAUGUAUGGAGCUGACGGAAUUGAACUGUCGCCUUUAGCUAAAGAGAAAAUUGAUCGUUAUGAGAAACAAGGCUUCAGUAAGCUAGCAAUCUGCAUGGCAAAAACGCCACUGUCUCUUUCUCACGAUCCUACAAGGAAAGGCUGCCCCACAGGUUUUACAUUACCAAUAACUGAUGUCCGAGCAUCAGUCGGCGCCGGUUUUGUGUAUCCGCUGUGUGGAGCAAUUCAAACAAUGCCAGGCCUCCCAACACGACCGUGUUUCUUCAACAUCGAUAUGGAUCCAGUAAGCGGCCAAGUGGAUGGACUGAGCUAA